GCAUGGAGGUGGUGGUGGGUACUGCUUAGAAAAAGGGACCAUCACUACCUCCCUCCUUCCCUUAUCUAUCCCAUCUCAUCUCACUCAUUCCAUCACCCUCGCCUUCUUCACAGACAUUCCUAACAGAAAUAAACACAACCAAAUUUAAGUUUCUUGAGAGAGAAAGCUGAGAGAGAGAGAGAGAGAGGCAUGGGGAAUUGCCAGGCAGUGGAUGCUGCGGCGCUGGUGAUACAGCAUCCAGACGGGAAGCUGGAGAGAAUGUAUUGGCCUGUCACCGCUAGUGAGGUCAUGAAAGCCAACCCCGGCCACUAUGUUUCUCUUAUAAUCCCCUUGCCGCCUCCUCCUGCCUCCGCCUCCGCCGCCCAGGAGACUUCAGACAACAAGAAGACGGCCGUUCGUUUUACACGUGUUAAGCUUCUCCGGCCGAGCGACACUUUGGUUCUUGGCCGGGCGUAUCGGCUUGUCACCACCCAAGAGGUUAUGAAAGUGCUUAGAGCCAAGAAACAUGCAAAGAUGAAGAAAACCGUGUCGGAAUCUGGUCAUCUCGGUACUUCAGAAGACCAGAUUGCGGCUUCUGAGAACGAGGCAGGAAAGCCUGCAGCCUCGGAGAAGAACGAUCAGGCAACGAGACCUAACAGACAGCGCCAGAGGUCAGGAUCGACAAAUAUUGCCACGGUUCGGCCCAAGUUGUGGCGGCCGUCUCUGCAAAGCAUCUUAGAGUCUCCGAGCCGAUUGUCAUAGCAACGACACUUGUUCCUUGAACAAUAAAAUUCUUCAACUUGGUAUUCAAAUGUCGAGCAAUAAAUCCAUUGUACAGUUAGUAGAAUAGACUAGCACAAAAAUACGAACUCUUGAUUUCUUGACUAACUAAUACAGUUAAGUAUUAGUUAAAUAGUGAAAAUAUACAUCAAUGUCCUAACA